AUGCGCGGGAAGGGGUGGGGCCGCUCCGAAUUCUGGCGGGUACUGGCGGCGGGCGCGGCGGUGAGCGGGGAGCGUGAUGAUGACUUGGAUCUGCUGGCUUCUCUUCUGGAAGAAAAUGAAGCACCUGAGGAGGGGAAUUCUCCUGAGGAGGAAGAUGCUCCCGAGGAUGAGGAUGGAGAACCAGAUGAGUACGAUGAGCUCUUUGAUGCAGAAGAUGAUGCAUCCUACACCGAGGAGGCUGAUGCUGAGGACAGCACGACUGAUGAGCAGAAGGAGAACUUGGCUAUGCUGUUUGGAGAUGUAGAGGACCUGGUGGAAGAGGAGGAGGCAGAGAAAGCUGUCCCCACUUCAGCUCCCAGUCAGGCAAAGGAGAAAACCAAUGAAGAACUGCAAGCUGAGCUGAGAAAAUUGCAAGAGCAGAUGAAGACGUUACAGGAGCAGUUGCAGAAGACUGCUCUUGGGCAGCAAUCCAGUUCAGGCCCUGAGAAGAAAACCCCUGGUAAAUCUCCCUGUCCACCCUUAAAGGAAAGGAAAGUUCAGAAGCUGCAAGAGUCACCAUGCUUCUCAGCCCAGCUGGGCAAUCCUUUACCACCAGCCAAGCAAGGAAGGCAGAAAUCAAAAGCAACCUCAGCAGAGAACAAGAUUCCUCCUCCACGGCAAGUCCUCAGUCUGGCAUUCCAGCCUCUCCAGUCUGCUGUGGGGAACACCCCCAGUAAGGUGGCCAGAGAGAAGACUCCUCAGGUGCCUGCAUGCUCCAGCACAACCACACAGCCAGUGUCUGUAGAAACCUUCUCAGGACUGAGAUUAAGAAAACCCCGGGUGUCUUCAGCGGAAAUGGACAGGAAAAUGGCCAACAGGAAACUCAUCCGACUGUCUCAGCUGAAGAACAAGCUUGCUACUGAGAAUCUGGAGGAAAUAGACUGGGUAACAUUUGGAGUCAUAGUGAAGAAGGUCACUCCUCAGAGUGCAAAUAAUGGCAGGACCUUCAGCAUCUGGCGGCUCAACGACCUGCGCGACCUCAACGAGUGCGUCUCGCUCUUCCUCUUCGGCGAGGUCCACAAGGAGCACUGGAAGACUGAGCAAGGCACAGUCGUUGGCCUGCUCAAUGCCAACCCCAUGAAACCUAAAGAAGGCUCAGAUGAGGUGUGUCUGUCCAUUGACCAUCCCCAGAAGAUCCUCCUCAUGGGAGAAGCUCUGGAUAUGGGCACCUGCAAAGCCAGGAAGAAGAAUGGUGAUCCCUGUGCACAGAUUGUGAACCUGAAUGACUGUGAAUACUGUCAGUACCACAUCCAGUCCCAGUACAAGAAGCUCAGCUCGAGGCGGGCAGAUCUGCAGUCCACUUUCUCUGGGGGCCGCGUUCCCAGAAAAGCCGCUCGGAAAAAUCCCACUUUGAAGGAGAGGCUGUGCCAGGAUGGGUUUUACUAUGGAGGAGUCUCUUCAGCAGCAUAUGCAGCCUCAGUUGCUGCAGCUGCUGUGCCAAAAAGGAAGGUUCAAACCACUCUCUCCAAUCUGGUCGUGAAAGGAUCUGAUGCAAUUGUCCAGGAAACCAGGCAGAAAAUUGGUGCAGCAAAGAGACCCAUGCAGUGUUCUGAAGAGUUCAGGGAACUGCUGGCACAGCCAACUUUUGGGGCACGAAACCUCUGCAAACACUGGACCAAAACAGAUGCUGAAAAGAAGCAAGGGGCAGAUUUCCAGUCUAUCUCUGCUUCAGCACUGCUCAAGCAACAGAAACAGAAAUUGCUGGAGGCCAGAAAAAAGCGAUCUGAAGAGAUUCAGAGGCGGUUUCUCCAGAACACAAGUAAAGCCAGCACUCCUGCUCUCCCAUCCUCCUCCAAACAGACUUCCCUCCAUUCCCCAGUGCCUGGGGCAGAGUUUCCCAAAGCUGCAAAAAUGUCAACUCCUCAAAGGCCCAGGCUAGGCACAGGCUUCUCAGAAGGAGAAGAUAUCCUCUUCUUUGACAAGUCUCCUCCUCCAAGGCCAAAGCUGGACAGCUUGGCAGAAGCCAAAAAGCUGGCUGCCAUCCGGCGACUGCGAGCAAAAGGCCAGAUCCUCCCCAGAGCAGACCCAAACAGCACCAAGAGGAAACGGGCUGAUGCUGAGGAUGUCCUGGAAAUUGUUGAAAGGGUUGAGAAAAAUGUUGCUCAGCCACAAGGUGCAGAAGCAGACGGUGAAAUGGAUGAACUGGAACCUGCCCUAAAGAAACGGCGUGAGCAGCUGGCCUAUCUGGAGUCAGAAGAAUUCCAGAAAAUCCUGAAGGCCAAGUCCAAGCACACAGAUGUCCUAAAAGAGGUUGAGGCUGAACUGCAGGAGAAAUACUUUCAGCCCUUGGUGAAAAAGGAAGAACUGGAGGAGAAGAUGAGGAACAUUAAAGCAGUGAAAUGCCGAGUUGUGACAUGUAAAACAUGUAAUUACACCUAUUUCAAGCCUCUGGAGACCUGUGUGCAGGAUAACCACAACUACCUCUGGCAUGAUGCCAUCAAGAGAUUUUUCAAAUGUCCUUGUGGAAGCAGAGCUAUUUCCCUUGACAGGCUUCCCAAAAAGCCCUGCAGUAACUGUGGCCUCUUCAAGUGGGAGCGAGAUGGGAUGCUAAAGGAGAAAAAAGGUCCGAAGAUUGGUGGAGAAACACUUUUACCAAGAGGAGAAGAACAACCAAAAUUUCUCAACAGUCUUAAGUGA